AUGCCAAAGAUCGUCUCGUCAUCCAUCGUCUCUUCCUCCGAUCACUUAGUACAGCAAGAAGACCAACGAAGUGCAUUGCAUGUCUACUAUUGCCUAUGUUCAGAAUUCCUCUUGGUGAUCGACGCCGAUCUUCGGAUAUUACCUCGGAGACGCACGGAUAACGCCAUCAUUGUGUCAAACACAAAGCGUACAUACAAACUGACGGCAGAGCCAGGGCAAACAGUCGUUGUUCAAAGGAAAGAGGGAUAUGAAAAGCAAUAUCGAUACCAUUGUCCACGAUGUCAAUUGCUGAUAGCUUAUGAAUCGACUGAGGAUCGUAAAUCGGGGCCUUACACAUACAUUCUGGAAGGUGCAUUAACUGAAGUUCAAGGGAGUGCUCCACCCAAUGCCAUUCAAGAGAUCGCAUGA